CCUUCCCCACUGUACCGUUUUGAUGACGUAGCAUAAACUAAUGAAAAUCGCUGUAUUUGAGUGGCAGCUGCGAGCGGUAAUGGAUAACUGUACUGGUCAUUCACACUUUUUAUUGAGCGCUUUCUUAUUAACAUGUGUAUUUGGGCUAUCGCUCGGGACGGAACUGAGCUUUGUGACUUGCGGCUCGGUCGUGAAGCUGUUAAAUGUAAAGCACAAUGUCAGACUGCACUCUCACGACGUGCGCUACGGCUCCGGCAGCGGGCAGCAGUCAGUAACAGGCGUGACCACGGUGGAGGACAGUAACAGUUACUGGAGUGUACGGGGCACCAGCGGGGCCCUGUGUCACCGGGGGACUCCUAUUAAGUGUGGUCAGACCAUCCGCCUCACACAUGUCAACACUGGACGCAACCUGCACAGCCAUUACUUCUCCUCUCCGCUUUCCUCCAACCAGGAGGUGAGUGCGUUUGGUGAGGAGGGAGAGGGGGACCACCUGGAUGAGUGGACGGUGCAGUGUGGAGGGGCGGUGUGGCAGCGCGAGGAGGCUGUCCGCUUCCAGCACGCCUCCACCGAUGCAUUGCUAUCCAUUACGGGGGAGCAGUAUGGCCGGCCCAUCCACGGGCAGAGGGAAGUGCACGCCAUGACGGGCCCCAGCCAGCACAGCCUGUGGAGGGCCAUGGAGGGGGUCUAUAUGAAGCCCAGUGAAAGCCCACUAGGGAACAAGGACUACAGCCAUCCUCUACACACAGAGUUCUGAUUCAAUCAGACUACAGCUAUCCACUACACACAGAAUUCUGAUCUGACUACAGCCAUCCUCUACACACAGAAUUCUGAUCUGACUACAGCCAUCCUCAACACACAGAAUUCUGAUCUGACUACAGCCAUCCUCUACACACAGAAUUCUGAUCUGACUACAGCCAUCCUCUACACACAGAAUUCUGAUCUGACUACAGCCAUCCUCUACACACAGAAUUCUGAUCUGACUACAGCCAUCCUCUACACACAGAAUUCUGAUCUGACUACAGCCAUCCUCUACACACAGAAUUCUGAUCUGACUACAGCCAUCCUCUACACACAGAAUUCUGAUCUGACUACAGCCAUCCUCUACACACAGAAUUCUGAUCUGACUACAGCCAUCCUCUACACACAGAAUUCUGAUCUGACUACAGCCAUCCUCUACACACAGAAUUCUGAUCUGACUACAGCCAUCCUCUACACACAGAAUUCUGAUCUGACUACAGCCAUCCUCUACACACAGAAUUCUGAUCUGACUACAGCCAUCCUCUACACACAGAAUUCUGAUCUGACUACAGCCAUCCUCUACACACAGAAUUCUGAUCUGACUACAGCCAUCCUCUACACACAGAAUUCUGAUCUGACUACAGCCAUCCUCUACACACAGAAUUCUGAUCUGACUACAGCCAUCCUCUACACACAGAAUUCUGAUCUGACUACAGCCAUCCUCUACACACAGAAUCAAUCAACCUGACCUGGCUCUAUAUACCAUUUUCCUCCCUGUUGUCGCUCUCUCGCCCCCCCCCCCCCACCCAGAGUUGUGAUCUCCUCUGGACCCUGUAUCCAACCCAACUUAGUUGUCUGCCUACCUGUUUCUUACUCAACUCCCUCUGUUUUGAGGACACUAACACACAGUGGAUAUAAUCUGGGGGUUGCCAGGACAACUACAGAACUCUUUGAUCAAUCCAAUCUCUGUCACCUGACCUCAUCAACAGAGACUAUUUGAUACACUAAACGAAUGCUGCUACAAGAUGUAGUAUAUACUAUUUUCUAUUUCCCCUCCACACACCUCCUCCCAACAUGGUACUCUCCCCUCCACACACCACCUCCCAACAUGGUACUCUCCCCUCCACACACCUCCUCCCAACAUGGUACUCUCCCCUCCACACACCACCUCCCAACAUGGUACUCUCCCCUCCACACACCUCCUCCCAACAUGGUACUCUCCCCUCCACACACCACCUCCCAACAUGGUACUCUCCCCUCCACACACCUCCUCCCAACAUGGUACUCUCCCCUCCACACACCACCUCCCAACAUGGUACUCUCCCCUCCACACACCACCUCCCAACGUGGUACUCUCCCCUCCACACACCUCCUCCCAACGUGGUACUCUCCCCUCCACACACCUCCUCCCAACGUGGUACUCUCCCCUCCUCCCAACGUGGUACUCUCCCCUCCACACACCACCUCCCAACGUGGUACUCUCCCCUCCACACACCACCUCCCAACGUGGUACUCUCCCCUCCACACACCACCUCCCAACAUGGUACUCUCCCCUCCACACACCUCCUCCCAACAUGGUACUCUCCCCUCCACACACCACCUCCCAACAUGGUACUCUCCCCUCCUCCCAACGUGGUACUCUCCCCUCCACACACCACCUCCCAACAUGGUACUCUCCCCUCCACACACCACCUCCCAACAUGGUACUCUCCCCUCCACACACCACCUCCCAACGUGGUACUCUCCCCUCCACACACCACCUCCCAACAUGGUACUCUCCCCUCCACACACACCUCCCAACGUGGUACUCUCCCCUUCACACACCACCUCCCAACGUGGUACUCUCCCCUCCACACACCACCUCCCAACGUGGUACUCUCCCCUCCACACACCUCCUCCCAACGUGGUACUCUCCCCUCCACACACCUCCUCCCAACGUAGUACUCUCCCCUCCACACACCACCUCCCAACGUGGUACUCUCCCCUCCACACACCUCCCAACGUAGUACUCUCCCCUCCACACACCUCCCAACGUGGUACUCUCCCCUCCACACACCUCCUCCCAACGUGGUACUCUCCCCUCCACACACCUCCUCCCAACGUGGUACUCUCCCCUCCUCCCAACGUGGUACUCUCCCCUCCUCCCAACGUGGUACUCUCCCCUCCACACACCUCCCAACGUGGUACUCUCCCCUCCACACACCACCUCCCAACGUGGUACUCUCCCCUCCACACACCUCCUCCCAACGUAGUACUCUCCCCUCCACACACCUCCUCCCAACGUAGUACUCUCCCCUCCACACACCACCUCCCAACGUGGUACUCUCCCCUCCACACACCACCUCCCAACGUGGUACUCUCCCCUCCACACACCUCCUCCCAACGUGGUACUCUCCCCUCCACACACCUCCUCCCAACGUGGUACUCUCCCCUCCACACACCUCCUCCCAACGUGGUACUCUCCCCUCCACACACCUCCCAACGUGGUACUCUCCCCUCCACACACCACCUCCCAACGUGGUACUCUCCCCUCCACACACCUCCUCCCAACGUAGUACUCUCCCCUCCACACACCUCCUCCCAACGUAGUACUCUCCCCUCCACACACCACCUCCCAACGUGGUACUCUCCCCUCCACACACCACCUCCCAACGUGGUACUCUCCCCUCCACACACCUCCUCCCAACGUAGUACUCUCCCCUCCACACACCUCCUCCCAACGUAGUACUCUCCCCUCCACACACCACCUCCCAACGUGGUACUCUCCCCUCCACACACCUCCCAACGUGGUACUCUCCCCUCCACACACCACCUCCCAACGUGGUACUCUCCCCUCCACACACCUCCUCCCAACGUAGUACUCUCCCCUCCACACACCUCCCAACGUAGUACUCUCCCCUCCACACACCUCCCAACGUGGUACUCUCCCCUCCACACACCUCCUCCCAACGUAGUACUCUCCCCUCCACACACCUCCCAACGUGGUACUCUCCCCUCCACACACCACCUCCCAACGUGGUACUCUCCCCUCCACACACCUCCUCCCAACGUGGUACUCUCCCCUCCACACACCUCCUCCCAACGUGGUACUCUCCCCUCCACACACCUCCUCCCAACGUGGUACUCUCCCCUCCACACACCUCCCAACGUGGUACUCUCCCCUCCACACACCACCUCCCAACGUGGUACUCUCCCCUCCACACACCUCCUCCCAACGUAGUACUCUCCCCUCCACACACCUCCUCCCAACGUGGUACUCUCCCCUCCACACACCACCUCCCAACGUGGUACUCUCCCCUCCACACACCACCUCCCAACGUAGUACUCUCCCCUCCACACACCACCUCCCAACGUGGUACUCUCCCCUCCACACACCACCUCCCAACGUGGUACUCUCCCCUCCACACACCUCCUCCCAACGUAGUACUCUCCCCUCCACACACCUCCCAACGUAGUACUCUCCCCUCCACACACCUCCCAACGUGGUACUCUCCCCUCCACACACCACCUCCCAACGUGGUACUCUCCCCUCCACACACCUCCUCCCAACGUAGUACUCUCCCCUCCACACACCUCCCAACGUGGUACUCUCCCCUCCACACACCACCUCCCAACGUGGUACUCUCCCCUCCACACACCACCUCCCAACGUGGUACUCUCCCCUCCACACACCACCUCCCAACGUGGUACUCUCCCCUCCACACACCACCUCCCAACGUAGUACUCUCCCCUCCACACACCUCCUCCCAACGUGGUACUCUCCCCUCCACACACCUCCUCCCAACGUGGUACUCUCCCCUCCACACACCUCCUCCCAACGUGGUACUCUCCCCUCCACACACCUCCUCCCAACGUGGUACUCUCCCCUCCACACACCACCUCCCAACGUGGUACUCUCUCCUCCCAACGUGGUACUUCACCAUAGACAUGUAAAUGUAUGUGAGACACCAGAACAAAAACAGCUAGUGAUUUUAUUGUUCUGUAUGUCAGAGGUGCUACUCGGCCAUUUUGCUAGUGCCUCUAAGAUGGUGCGCCGCCCCAUGUCUGACUGGUUAUAGAAUAGGGUAAAUAUGACUUUAUUGGUCCCCUCUUAUGAUCAACAACAGACUACGGUCCAUAUCUAUUCUGUAGGUUUGUGUUGAUUGUGCACAAAAACGCUAAAUAGAGGCCAGAAUGCUUAUUUCAAGAAACAAGUCUUGUGCGUCUACAAACGUACUUAAAAUAACAGCCUUGUUACGGUGCCUGUAUUACAUGAUCGAUUUCUCUACUAUUCAAACUAGUGUAGUUGUAUUAAUAAAGAGGAGCAGUUUGAACCCUUUUAAAGAAACAUUUUAAUCCUAGCACACUGCCUAUCCCCACAAUUCUCUUCUUCACCAUGAACAAGUACUGUUUCUUUGUUUGACUUGCUUUCAGUUUAAGUCCAUACAGUAUUACAUAUCCCUUCCAUUGACUAAGCUGAAACAUGAAGUGUACCAUAAUUCUCUGUCCACUACAGUAUUAUGUCACAGUCAGUGGUAGGAGUCGAUUCCAUUCAGGAAAUUCAGAACCUGAAUCAUAAUUCCAAUUGAAGAACGGAAAGGAACGUCCCCGUUGAAAACGAAAGGCACUUUUUGAGUCUAGAAUUUCUCAAUUCACCUUCUAGAACUAACAGAAUUAGAUUGGAAUUGACCCCAGCCACGCUGUCAUUGUCCCAGGCGUUGACAGCUACAGCCUGUCUGGUCUGACAUGGGUCUUACAAAGUGUUUUCUAUCAGCUGUCUGAGGGUUCAUUUCAACACAAAGGUUUGUUUUCACAAGACUUGAACAUGAUUGUAAUAGAUACCUCAGAUUAAAUGGAUGUUUUGUGCUAA